AUGCUUCAAGAUGAAUUUGAUAUCCUGGGGUUAAAGGUCACCCUGGAGUGUGCCAUGGCCUUUGUGGUGGGCUUCUCUCUUGUUCUGGGUUACAUUGGCCUGUUGGCCUGCACCUGCCUCCUCUUGGCCAAUCUUGCUCAGAAUCUCCCCGACAACUUCAAUGAGGCCAAAUUGAUCACCUUCAUCCCAUGCCUGCUCCUUGUGGGGCUUUUGGGCAGACAGCUGGGGCUCAGGGUGGGACUGCAGUGUGUUCAGACAGUGACUUGUUCUCGGUGGGUUACUACUAGCAACCAGGGUCUGUUUCAGGAUGGAGAUGUGCUUAUCGGCGGGCUCUUUAUUCUUCAUUAUGAAUCUCCAGCUAUAGACAAAGACUUCACUCAGCUGCCUCACUACAAACCUUGCACUGGUUUUGAACAAGAUCCAUUGCAAUAUAUAUAUGCCAUGGUGUUUGCAGUUGAGGAAAUCAAUCAUAGUAAAACACUGCUACCAGGUGUGAAGCUGGGGUACCAUAUUUCCGAUAGUUGUGGCCCACCGCUAUGGGCUCUCCGGGCAGCACUUUCACUAGUUGGAGGAGAUAGCACCAGCUGUAAUUCAGCAGAGCCUCCAGAUUAUUCUACGGAGGGAAUCAAAGAAAGGACAGGGGAUCGUCUCGUUCCCUUGAUCAUCGGUGGUGCUUCAACCGUAGAAGGCCAGAUACUCUCCAGGAUCCUGGGUCCACUCUCUAUCAGCUACUUGGCUAGCUGCCCCUGUCUGAAUGACAGGCUUCAGUAUCCUAACUUCUUCAGAACCAUCCCCAGUGAUAUUUACCAAGCUCGGGCCAUUGCCCAGCUUGCUAUACGCUUCAAUUGGACCUGGAUCGGAGCAGUGAUAGCAAACAACGAUUAUGGCCAUGUGGCAAUAAAGGUAUUUCAGGAGGAAACUCAGGGGGCAAGGGUGUGUCUGGCAUUUGUAGAGACCCUCGACAGGGAAAACAUUGUGAGUGAUGCCAGGCGAGCAGCACUCACAAUUCAGGCCUCUGCUGCAAGGGUGAUUCUGAUGUUUACCUGGUAUACAGAUGUGAAGGAACUUUUCAUGCAACUAGCUAAGAUAAAUGAGACUGACAGACAGUUUCUGGCCAGUGAGGCUUGGAGCACCAGUGGAGAUCUUCUCCAAAAUAUUGCCACCUCUAAAGUGGCAAAUGGUGUUGUUGGUGUUGCCAUUAGAAGUUCAGCCAUGCCUGGAUUUGAAAAUUAUCUCAGAAAUUUGAAUCCAAUUCAUCAUCCGGAUGAUGAGUUCUUAAAAGAAUUCUGGCAAGCCAAAUUUGGAUGCACUCCUGAGGCCACAAAUCUUUUUUCAUAUUCCCCUUCAUCCUUUAAAUCUGGGUCCCUUCAGAAAGCUUCUCUACCACCCUGCAGUGGGACAGAGUCCCUUGAGGGAGUGGAGCAUCCCUUUACAGACACCUCUCAGCUAAGGGUGACAUAUAAUGUCUACCUUGCUGUUUAUGCUGCAGCCCACGCCCUUCACCGCCUUCUCUCCUGCCCCGACGGAGACAGCUCUCCCAGAAACAACAGCUCUACCUGCUCUUAUUUGAAACACAUUGCACCCAUAGAGCUGUUGCAGCACUUGAACAACGUCAAUUUCACCACACCACAAGGGGAAAUGUUUUAUUUCCAAGGAGCUGAUAUUCCAGCAAAGUACGACCUUGUCAAUUGGCAGAAGACCCUGGAGGGGUCACAAAAACUUGUCUUGAUUGGUCGGGUUGAUGGGCUUGACCUCCACCUUAAUGAAUCAGCUAUUCAGUGGAGCACAGGAUCCAAUCAGGUGCCAAUUUCAGUAUGCAGUAAGAGCUGCCCCCCAGGCACCCGAGAGGCCAACAGGAAAGGAGAACCUCUCUGCUGCUUUGACUGUAUCCCAUGUGCUGCAGGGGAGAUUAGCAAUAAAACUGGUUCCCUUCACUGUGAGCGUUGUCCAUUGGAGUUCUGGUCCAAUGUUGAACGAACUGCCUGCAUCCCUCGCCAGCUGGACUUCCUUUCCUUUAAUGAAAUUUUGGGAAUUACCCUGACUACAGCAGCUGUGUUUGGCACCAUUGUGACAACAGCUGUGUUUAUGGUGUUUCUUUGCUACCGUCAAACACCUAUGGUGCGAGCCAACAAUUCAGAACUGAGCUUCCUGCUUCUUCUGUCACUGAAGCUCUGCUUCCUGUGCUCACUGGUGUUCAUUGGUCGCCCAUCAGUCUGGUCUUGUCGGUUCCAGCAGGCAGCCUUUGGAAUCAGCUUUGUUCUUUGUGUUUCCUGCCUCCAAGUCAAGACCAUAGUUGUUUUGGCAGCGUUCCGCUCAGCUCGGCCUGGUGCUGAAGCCUUGAUUAGGUGGUUUGGUCCUGGCCAACAGAGAGGAAGUGUCUUCCUUCUUACUUGUAUACAGAUUAUCAUCUGUGCCAUAUGGCUGUCCCUCAGCCCCCCAGUGCCUCAACGUGAUUUGGGUUUCCAAGGGUCAAAGGUCACCCUGGAGUGUGCCAUGGCCUCUGUGGUGGGCUUCUCUCUGGUUCUGGGUUACAUUGGCCUGCUGGCCUGCACCUGCCUCCUCUUGGCCUUUCUUGCUCGAAAACUCCCUGACAACUUCAAUGAGGCCAAACUGAUCACCUUCAGCAUGCUGAUAUUCUGUGCUGUAUGGGUGGCCUUUGUCCCUGCUUACGUUAGCUCUUCUGGGAAAUACACUGUUGCUGUGGAGAUUUUUGCAAUCCUGGCCUCUAGCUACGGUUUACUGUUCUGCAUUUUUGCUCCAAAGUGUUUCAUCAUUCUUCUGAGGCCUGAGAAAAACAAUAAGAAACACAUUAUGGCCAGGUAG